AUGCCGCCCGCCCGUCUGGCGCUUGCCCUGGGCCUGGGCCUAUGGCUCGGGGCGCUAGCGGGGGACCCCCGGCGCGGCUGCGGGCCGUGCGCGCCCCCCUGUCUGUGUGGCCCGGCGCCCGGCGUCUCCUGCCGCGUCAACUGCUCGGGCCGCGGGCUGCGGAUGCUCGGGCCCUCGCUGAGCAUCCCCGCCGACGCCUCUGUGCUCGACAUCUCCCACAACCUCCUCCGGACACUGGACACAGGGAUCCUGGCGAACCUCUCAGCCCUGACUGAGCUGGACCUGAGCCACAAUAAGAUCUCCACGUUACAGGAGGGAGUGCUUGCUAAUUUAUUUAACUUAACUGACUUAGACCUGAGUGGAAACCCACUUGAGUGUGACUGUGGCCUGGCGUGGCUGCCACGCUGGGCACAGGCCCGGGGGGUGCGUCUAAGACACCCUGAAGGGUCUACGUGUGCUGGGCCACGCACCCUGGCUGGUCGGCCCCUGCUCAGCAUCCCUUCCCUGUACGGUGGCUGUGGUGAGGAGUAUGUCGCCUGCCUUCCUGACAACAGCUCGGAGGCCAUGGUGCUGGCAGCCUUCUCAGUGGCCUACGGAGAUGCGCUGCCCCCUGAGGCCUGCAGUGCCUUCUGCUUUGCAGAGGGCCAGGACCUGGCCGCUCUCUCUGACCAGGGCCUGUGUCUCUGUGGGGCCCCACAGCCUCCCAACACCUCUGUUGGCUGCCUGCCCUUCUGUUCCAGUGUCCCUCCACCUCCUGCCUGUGGGGCCCCCACCCUGCUCCCCAAUGUCUUCCCUGCCACCCCAGGGGCCACCUUGGAGCCUCCCCUUGGGGCUCUGACCGUGGGCCGCCCGACAUCCUUCCGUGUCAUUGCCCCUUUGCCUAUUGGCUCCGUGCACUGGAACUUCGGGGAUGGGUCCCUUGAGGUGGACAUCCCCGGGGCAGCCAUCACGCACCGCUUCCUGCUGCCGGGCCACUACCAGGUGACGGCCAGGCUGGCCCUGGGGGCUGCCUCCACCCAGCUGACCACAGAGGUGCUCGUGGAGGCUGCUCCUGCUGCCUUGGAGCUGGUGUGCCCAUCCCCUGUGCCCAGCAACCGGAGCCUCGAGCUCAGCAUCCGAAACCAGGGGGGCACAGGCCUUGAGGUCACCUACAGCAUCCUGGCCCUGGAUGAGGAGCCAGCCCAAGUUGUGCAACCCCUCUGCCCUGAGGACACAGAGAUAUUCCCAAGCAACGGCCACUGCUACCGCCUGGUGGCUGAGAAGGCACCCUGGCUGGAGGCCCAAGAGCAGUGCCGGGCCUGGGCUGGGGCCGCCCUGGCCAUGGUGGACAGCCCUGCCAUCCAGAACUUCCUCAUCUCUCAAGUCACCAGGAGUCUGGACGUGUGGAUCGGCUUCUCCACCGUGGAGGGGCCAGAGGCUGGCACAGCGACACAGGGCGAGGCCUUCAGUUUGGAGAGCUGCCAGAACUGGCUGCCCGGGGAGCCGCACCCCGCCACCGCUGAGCACUGUGUGCGCCUGGGACCUGCCGGCCAGUGCAACACUGACCUGUGCUCUGCCCCCCAUAGCUAUGUGUGCGAACUGCGGCCUAGCGGCCCUGUGUGGGAUUCCGAGACCAUUGUCAUAGGAGCGCCCAGCGGGCUCCUGCAGGGACCCCUUAUCCCCCUGGUGCAGCAGGAGGCCCUGAUGGCCCCCCAGCAGACUGUAGAGGUCAUGGUGUUCCCAGGCCUGAGCCCAGGGCGUGAAGCAUUCCUCACGGCCGUCGAGUUCGGUACCCAGGCACUCAGACGGCCUGCUCAGCUGCGGCUUCAGGUGUUUCGGCCCACAUGGAGCUCAGGGGUUCCUCAGAAUGGCAGCAAGCCUGAGAGCAGGUCACUGGACAACAGCACCAGGCCGCCGCCUCUUUGCGCACCAUUGGGAAGCUGGUGCCCAGUAGCCAGUGUCUGCGUCACACGGGAUGUCCUCAGGCCCUGUCAUAACAGGCCUGGUCACCCUCUGGACUGUGCCAACGGAUCCACGCCAGGGCCUGGACUCCCCGCGACCGCCUACAUGCUGCAGAGUGAACGUCUUCUUUCUGUGCCCGCGGGACCUCCUGCACAGUAUUCGGUCUCCUUCAAAGGCCAGAAUGUCCUCCUGCUCCCAGGUGACCUGCUUGUUCUACAGCACGACGCCGGCCUGGGUGCCCUCCUGCACUGCCCCUCUGCCCCUGAGGCCCCCUAUCUUUCGGUCAACACCUCAGCCUGGCUGGUCCACCUGGCUGCCCCGCUGGAGGAUGCCCCAGCCGGCCUGGCCUGUGCUCUGCGGCUGAUGGGGGCCACACAGCGCCUCACACCCCUGCUGGGAGAGGGCCCCACGCCUGGGCUACCACGUGCUGGGCGCUAUGCUGUCCAGGCCGUGGUGAGCAACUCAGUGUCUACUCACAACCUGUCCUGCAGCUUCACUGUGGCUUCCCCAGUGACUGGGUUGCGUGUCGUCCACCCUGCCUCCCUGGAUGGUCACCUUUAUGUGCCCACCAACCACUCAAUCCUGGUGCUGGCGCUAGACACGGGCACCAACGCCAUGGCCAUGGCCCACUGGCACAGGGGCAACACCAGUGCACCUUUUGAGGAGUCCUGUCCUUCGGUGGUGGAUGUCUCUGUGCCCGGCUGUCCCCAAGAGGCCAAUGGCACACUGUUCUCAGUGCUAGUGCUGCCCGGGCUGGGUGAGGGCGAGCAUGCUGUGGAGGUCACGGUCAAGAACAGCAUCAGCCAUGCCUGCCUCAGCCUGCAAGUGAUGGCCGAGGAGCCGGUCCGCGGCCUCCGCACCACCCCAAGUCCUGAGUCCCGAGUGCUGCAGGGCGUUCGGGUGAGGUACAACCCCGUGGUGGAUGCAGGCUCAGACGUGGUCUUCCGGUGGACCAUCGAUGACAAGCGCUCACUGACCUUUCACAACGUCGUCUUCAACGUCAUUUACCAGAGCGCGGCCAUCUUCAAACUCUCGCUGACGGCCUCCAACCAUGUGAGCAAUGUCACUGUGGACUACAACGUCACAGUGGAGCGCAUGAACCGGAUGCGGGGGCUCCAGCUGUCCGCGGUGCCAGCUGUGCUGCCCCAGAACACCACACUGGCACUGACAGCCAGUGUGCUGGUGGACUCAGCUGUGGAGGUGGCCUUCCUGUGGAGCUUUGGGGAUGGGGAGCAGGCCCUCGGGCAGUUCAAGCCUCCAUACGAUGAGUCCUUCCCAACGCCUGAGCCCACUGUGGCCCAGGUUCUGGUGCAGCACAACACUACGCACACUUACGCAGCCCCAGGUGACUACAACCUGACCCUGCUUGUCUCGAAUGCCUUUGAGAACCUGACGCAGCAGGUGCCAGUCAGUGUACGAGCUGCCCUGCCCGACCUCACUGUGGGGGUAAGCAGUCCCUUUCUGGUGGCCGGCUGGCCCGUCACCUUCUUCCCACUGCCCUCCCCCAGGGGCACCCUGUACACUUGGGACUUUGGGGACGGCUCUGUUAUUGAGUCACUCAGUGAGCCAGCUGUCAACCACACCUACGCUGAGAGGGGCACAUACCGUGUCCACCUGGAGGCCAACAACACCGUGAGCCAGGCAGCGGCCUGGGCCGAUGUCCAUGUCCUGCAGGAGCCCCGUGGCCUGAGCGUGCACCUGGACCCAGCUGCAGAGCAAGGUGCCCCUGUCCAGGUCAGCGCCACACUGGUGGCUGGUGACAACAUCACCUGGACCUUCGACAUGGGUGAUGGCACUGUGCUCGUGAGCUCUGAGGCCACGGUGGAGCAUGUGUACCGGCAGGCACAGAACUGCACCGUGACUGUGACGGCCACCAGCCCCGCUGGCCACCUGUCGCAGAGUCAGCCCGUGCACGUCUUCGUCCUAGAGGUGCUGCGCAUUGAGCCUGCCCAGUGCACCCUCGCACACCCCAAUGCCCUGCUGACAGCGCAUGUCACUGGGGACCCUGCACGCUAUGUCUUUGAAUGGAUGUUUGGGGACAGAUCACCCAAUACCACUGUCUAUGGGAGCCCUAGUGUGACACACAACUUCACGCACAGUGGCACCUUCCCACUGACCCUUGUGCUGUCCAGCCCCACCAACAAGGCCCACUACUUCACCAGUGUCUGCGUGGAGCCUGAGCUAGGCAACGUCACCCUGAGGCCUGACCUGCAGUACGUGCGACUGGGGGAGGCUGCACGCCUGGAGGUGCACGUCCAGCCCCCCUUCCCCUACCGCUACUCCUGGGCCUGGGGGUCCAAGGACGUCGUCGGCCACCCUGGGGGCCCUGAGGCCACCCACAUCUACCCGGAGCCCGGCUCCUACCUGGUGACAGUCACCGUGUCUAACAACGUUUCGACGGGCAACGACUCGGCCGUGGUGGAGGUGCAGCAGCCCGUGGUGCUGGUGGGCAUCAGGGUCAAUGGCUCCCACGUGCUGGAGGCACAGCAGCUCUACCUGUUCUCAGUGUCAGGCGACGGCAGGCCCGCCAACUACCUGUGGGACCUGGGGGAUGGUGGGCGGCUGGAGGGCCCUGUGGUCACCCAUGCCUACAACUGCUCGGGCACCUUCACUGUCACUGUAGCCGGCUGGAACGAGGUGAGCCGUGGUGAGGCCCAGCUGAAUGUGACGGUGGCACAGCGGGUGCUGGGGCUCCGGGUCAAUGCCAGCCGCACGGUCGUGCCCCUCAAUGGCAGUGUCAGCUUCAGCACCACCCUGGAGGCAGGCAGUGAUGUGCGCUACUCCUGGGUGCUCUGUGACCGCUGCACCCCCAUCCCUGGGGGCCCCAUCAUCUCCUACACAUUCCGCUCGGUGGGCACCUUCAACAUCAUCGUCACAGCCGAAAACACAGUGGGCACUGCACAGGACAGCAUCUUUAUCUAUGUGCUGCAUUACAUUGAGGGGCUGCAGGUGACGGUGGGCGGGGGGGGCGACUGCUUCCCCACCAACCACACGCUGCAGUUGCAGGCUGCAUUCCGUGAAGGUACCAACAUCUCCUAUAGCUGGACCAUCCAGCGGGCCGGGGGUCCCGUGGUGACUGCCGCCAGCGGCAGAAUCUUCUCAGUCACUGUGCUCGAGCCUGGCCCCUACCUAGUGCAGCUGCGGGCCACCAACAUGCUAGGUAGCGCCUCAGCAAACCGCACCCUGCAGUUUGUGGACCCUGUGGGAACGCUGGCACUGACUGCCACCCCCAAUCCAGGUGCCAUCAAUGAGACCAUCACCCUGGCUGCCCAGCUCUCAGGAGGCAGCGGGGUCACGUUCACCUGGGUCCUGGAGGGCACCCCACACUGGGUGACUGCAGGACCCGUCACUACCCACACCUUUCCCAGUCCUGGCCUGCACCUGGUUACUAUCACGGCUGAGAACGCCCUGGGAGCAACCAACACCACCAUCACUGUGGCAGUACAAGUGCCCGUCUCGGGCCUCAGUAUCCAGCCAGGUGGGCCAGAGUGUAGCUUUGUGGUGGCCGGCUCCACCGUGCCCUUUCAGGGCCAGCUGACUGCCGGCACUGAUGUGAGCUGGAGUUGGGUGGUGUCAGGGGGCCAGCAGCUGCAGGGCCAGCAUGUUGUUGUGGCCUUGCCGGAGGCUGGCACUUUCUCGGUCCAGCUCAAUGCCUCCAACUUGGUCAGCUGGGCUGUGGCCACGCACAACCUGACUGUGGAGGAGCCCGUGGCGGGCCUGAUGCUGUGGGCCAGCAGCAAAGUGGUGGAGCCUGGACAGCCUGUGGACUUCCAGGUACUGCUGGCUGCUGGCUCAGACGUGUUGCUGCACGUGCAGGUGGCCAACACUGACCCCGAGAUGCUGUCUAGCCCCCACUUCUCCCGUACCUUUUUGCGGGCUGGGGACUACGUGGUGAGUGUGCAGGCCGAGAACCACGUCAGCCGGGUACAGGCGCAGGUGCGGGUGACCGUGCUGGAGGCUGUGGCAGGUCUGUGGACACCCCACUGCUGCCCACUGGGAGUGCCCACGGGGGCUGAGCAGAACUUCACAGCCCGUGUGAGCCGUGGCUCCCAUGUCCAGUAUGCCUGGUAUUUCUCUCUAGAGAAGGUGCAGGGAGACUCACUGGUCAUCCUGUCAGGCCGAGACGUCACCUACACACCCAUGGCUGCAGGGCUGCUGGAGGUCCAGGUUCGAGCCUUCAACGAGCUGGGCGGGGUCAACCUGACGCUGCGGCUGGAGGUACAGGACAUCAUCCAGCAUGUUGUGCUGCGUGGUGGCCGCUGCUUUGCCAACCGCUCAGCCCACUUCGAGGCUGCCACCAGCCCCAGCCCUCGUCGCGUGGCCUUCCACUGGGACUUUGGGGAUGGAGCCCCUGCUUUGGAGACAGCAGAGCCUUGGGUCGCUCAUGCCUACCUGCAGCCAGGGGACUACCGCAUGCAGGUGAACGCCUCCAAUCUGGUCAGCUUCUUUGUUGCGCAAGCCACAGUGACGGUGCAUGUGCUGGCCUGCGAGGAGCCCACGGUGGACGUGGCCCUGCCCCCACAGGUGCUCAUGCGCCGCUCUCAGCGCAACUACCUGGAGGCCCAGGUGGACCUGCGUGGCUGUGUCACCUACCAGACUGAGUACCGCUGGGAGGUGUACCGUGCUGCCAGCUGCCAGUGGCCUACACGUACCGCCCGCCUGACCUUGCCUGGUGUGGACCUGACCAGGCCACAGCUAGUGGUCCCACGACUGGCACUGCCUGUGGGCCACUACUGCUUCGUCUUCAUGGUCUCCUUCGGGGACACCCCACUGGCACGCAGCAUUCAGGCCAACGUGACAGUGGUGCCCGAGCGCUUGGUGCCCAUCAUCGAGGGUGGUUCCUACCGUGUGUGGUCGGACACACAGGACCUGGUGCUGAACGGGAGCCGCUCCUACGACCCCAACCUAGAGGAUGGCGACCAGACACCACUCAGCUUCCACUGGGCCUGCAUUGCCUCCUCCCAGAGUGAGGUGUGUGCACUGAACUUCGGGCCCCGUGGGAGCCCCGUGGUCACCAUCCCUCGGGAGAGGCUGGAGGCCGGUGUGGAAUACACUUUCGACCUGACUGUGUGGAAGACUGGUCGGAAGGAGGAAGUCACCAACCAGACUGUGCUGAUCCGGAGUGGACGGGUGCCCAUCGUGUCCCUGGAGUGUGUGUCCUGCAAGGCUCAGGCCGUCUAUGAAGUGAGCCGCAGCUCGCACGUGUACCUGGAGGGUCACUGCCUUAACUGCAGCCGUGGCUCCAAGCAGGGGCGCUGGGCAGCGCGCACCUUCGGCAACCAGAUGCUGGUCCUGGACGAGACCACCACGUCGACAGGCAGCACGGGCAUGCGGCUGGUGGUACGGCGCGGCGCACUGCAGGACGGCGAGGGCUAUACCUUCACGCUGACCGUGCUGGGCAGCUCUGGUGAGGAGGAGGGCUGUGCCUCCAUCCGCCUCUCCCCCAACCGACCCCCCCUGGGUGGCUCCUGCCGUCUCUUCCCGCUGGACAACGUGCACGCCCUCACCACCAAGCUGCACUUCGAGUGCGUGGGCUGGCGUGAUGCAGAAGAUGCGGGUGCUCCGCUGCUGUAUGCCCUGCUGCUGCGGCGCUGCCGCCAGGGCCACUGCGAGGAGUUCUGCAUCUACAAGGGCAGCUUGCCAGCCUACGGGGCCGUGCUGCCACCUGGCUUUCCACCACACUUCACUGUGGGCCUGGCUGUGCUCGUACAGGACCAGCUGGGUGCCGCCGUGGUUGCCCUCAACAGGUCCCUGGUCAUCGUGCCACCUGAGCCCCCCGAUGGCCCGGGCCUCACACACUGGUUACACAGCCUGACGGAAAGCAAGCUGCCGGGACUGCUGCGGCAGGCUGACCCCCAGCAUGUCAUCGAAUACUCGCUGGCCCUGGUCACUGUGCUCAACGAGUAUGAACAGACUCCAGUGGCUGCGGAGGAGCCUCCUCAGGAGCGGCAGCUGCGCGGCCAGAUGCGCAGAAAUAUUACAGAGACGCUGGUGUCCCUGCGUGUGGACACUGUUGACGACAUUCAGCAGAUUGCGGCUGCGCUGGCCCAGUGCACGGUGUCCCGCAGGGAGCUGGUGUACCAGCCAUGCCUGAAGAAGACUCUUCACAAGCUAGAGGCCAUGAUGCGCGUGCUGCAGGCUGAGACCACUGAGGGUACCGAGACGCCCACCGCCAUUGCCGACAGCAUCCUCAACAUCACUGGCGACCUCAUCCACCUAGCCAGCACCAACGUGCAGAACGCAAAGCCUGAGGAGCCCGAUGCACUGGGGGCGCCCUCCCUGCUUGUGGCCUCCCGGGCCUACAACCUGUCCUCAGCACUCAUGCGCAUCCUCAUGCGCUCCCGGGUGCUCAAUGAGGAGCCCCUGACACUGGCCGGAGAGGAAAUCGUGGCCCAGGGCAAGCGCUCUGACCCCCUGAGCCUGCUGUGCUCUGGCCACUCCGCCGACCCUGGUUGCCACUUCUCCAUCCCUGCCGCCUUCAGUGGGGCCCUGGCCGGCCGCAGUGAUGUGGUGCAGCUCAUCUUCCUGGUUGACUCCAACCCUUUCCCCUUUGGCUACAUCAGCAACUACACAGUUUCCACCAAGGUGGCCUCCAUGGCCUUCCAGACCCAAGCAGGCACCCAGAUCCCCAUCGAGCGGCUGGCUUCUGAGCGUGCCAUCACUGUCAUGGUGCCCAAUAGUGCUGGCUUGAGACGCACCGUGUCCCCCACGUCUGUGACCACUGUCCCACCACGGGCCUCAGUCAGUGCCCAGGUUACCCUGGACAGCAACAACCCGGCGGCUGGGCUGCACCUCCAGCUCCUGUUCAGGGUUCUUGAUGAGAGCUACCUGUCCCAAGAGCCUGAGCCUUACCUAGCUGUGUACCUGCACACGGAGGCUGCUCCCAAUGAGCACAACUGCUCGGCCAGCCGGCAAAUCGGCCUCCAGGAGCUGGCAGGCGAGGACCACAAGCCCUAUACCUUUUUUAUCGCCCCAGGGACCAGUGAGCCAGGCGGGAGUUACCACCUGAAUCUGACCAGCCACUUCCACUGGUCUGCACUGGAGGUGUCCGUGGGCCUGUACACGUCACUGUGUCAGUACUUCAGCGAGGAGGACAUGGCCUGGCGCACAGAGGGUAUUGUGGCCCUUGAGGAGACCUCACCCAGCCAAGCCGUCUGCCUCACUCGCCACCUCACUGCCUUUGGUGCCAGCCUCCUCGUGCCCCCUAGCCAAGUCACCUUCAUCUACCCUGAGCCAUCCACAGGCAUCAACUAUGUCGUCCUCCUGACAUGCACCGUGUGUCUGGUGACCUAUGUGGUCAUGGCUGUGGUCUUGCAAAAGCUGGACCAGUUGGACAUGCGCCGAGUCCAGGUCAUCCCGUUCUGUGGGAAAGCUGGCCACUUCAAGUACGAGAUCCUGGUCAAGACCGGCUGGGGCCGGGGCUCAGGUACCACUGCGCAUGUUGGUAUCAUGCUGUACGGGGCGGAUAGCCGCAGCGGCCACAGGCACCUGGAUGGGCAUGGGGUCUUCCACCGCAAUAGCCUGGACAUCUUCCAGAUCGCCACACCACACAGCCUGGGCAGCGUGUGGAAAAUCCGUGUUUGGCACGACAACAAAGGGCUCAGCCCUGCCUGGUUCUUACAGCACAUCAUAGUUCGGGACCUGCAGAGUGCACGCAGCACAUUCUUCCUGGUUAACGACUGGUUGUCUGUGGAGACAGAGGCCAAUGGGGGCCUGGUGGAGAAGGAGGUCCUGGCAGCAAGCGAUGCGGCCCUGCGGCGGUCCCGGCGCCUCCUGGUGGCCGAGCUGCAGCGUGGCUUCUUUGACAAGCACAUCUGGCUCUCGCUGUGGGACCGGCCUCCACGCAGCCGCUUCACCCGCGUCCAGCGGGCCACCUGCUGUGUCCUCUUGCUCUGCCUCUUCCUGGGUGCCAACACAAUGUGGUAUGGGGUCGUGGGAGACACAGCACACAGCACACGCCCCGUGUCCAGUCUGAUCCCGCUGAGCGUGGACACAGUCGUUGUGGGCCUGGUGUCCAGUGUGGUCGUCUACCCCCUCUACCUGGUCAUCCUGUUUCUCUUCCGCAUGUCCCGAAGCAAGGUCGCUGGAGGCCCAAGCGCCACCCCCACUCAGCAGCGGGUGGUGGACAUUGACAGCUACCUGGACACACCUGUGCUGGACAGCUCCUUCCUCACCUUCUCAGGUCUCCGUGCUGAGGUCUUUGCUGAACAGAUGAGAAAUGACUUAUUUCUGGAGGAUUCCAAAAGCCUGGUGUGCUGGCCAUCCAGCGAGGGCUCACUGUGCUGGCCAGACCUGCUUAAUGACCCGUCCAUCAUGGGCAGCACCCUUCAGCGACUGGCGUGUGGCCUGCCGGGCCGCACACUGGGCCUGGAGGAGGACGGCCUCUCCAUGGUCAACCCCUCCUCUCCCGCCAAAUAUUUCUCAGCAUCAGAUGAAGACCUGAUCCGCCAGAUCUUGGCUGAAGGGGCCAGCAGCCUAGCCCCCACCCAGGACACCCACAUGGACACAGACAUGCUCACUAGCCUGUCCAGCAGUCCCGGGGAGAGGACCGAGGCAUUGAUGCUGCACAGACUUGAGGAGAAAGGCCCGUCUGCCCCUGGGCUGGGCUGGGCAGAGCCCCCAUCAGCCAGGCUCUGUGGUACAGGGCUGGUGGAGGGUCUGAGAAAGCGUCUGCUGCCAGCCUGGUGUGCCCGCCUGGCUCAUGGGCUCAGCCUGCUCCUGGUGGCACUGUCAGUGGGCCUCUCAGGCUGGGUGGGCGCCAGCUUCCCCCCCAGGGUCAGUGUCCUAUGGCUGCUGUCCAGCACCUGCAGCCUUCUGGCCUCAUUCCUGGGCUGGGAGCCACUCAAGGUCCUACUAGAGGCCCUGUACUUCUCGCUGGUGGCCAAGCGGCUGCACCCCGAUGAGGACGACAUGCUGGUGGAGAGUGCCGCUGUGGCGCCUGUGAGCGAGCGUGUGCCCCGCGUCCGGCCCCCCCACGGCUUUGCACUCUUUCUGGCCAAGGAGGAGGCCCGCAAGGUCAAGAGGCUGCACGGGGUGCUGAGGAACCUGCUGGUGUACAUGCUCUUCCUGCUGGUGACACUGCUGGCCAACUAUGGAGAUGCCUCGUGCCACAGUCACGCGUACCGCCUGCAGAGCGCCAUCAAGCAGGAGCUGGACAGCAGGGCCUUCCUGGCCAUCACUAGGUCUGAUGAGUUCUGGCCAUGGAUGGCCCGAGUGCUGCUCCCCUAUGUCCAUGGAAACUGGUCCAACCCAGAGCUGGGACCCCCAAGGCUGCGGCAGGUGCGCCUGCAGGAAGCUGUGUGCAUCUGUGUUUCAGCUCCCCGGCAGGGCCCUUCAGGCUCCAGUGCUCACCCCUGCACAGCCAUGGGGGGCUUCAGCACCAGCGACUACAGUGUUGGCUGGGAGCCUGGCAUCCACAACAGCUCUACCCCGUGGAGCUACUCAGCACCUGACUUGUGGGGGGUGUGGCAGUGGGGCACUUGCGCCAUGUAUGACAGCGGGGGCUACGUGGAGGAGCUGGGACGCAGCCUGGAAGAGAGUCAGGAGCGGCUGGACUUCCUGGAGCAGCACCGUUGGCUGGACAACAGGAGCCGUGCCAUCUUCGUGGAGCUCACGCGCUACAGCCCAGCCGUGGGGCUGCACGCCGCCGUGACACUGCUCCUCGAGUUCCCCGUGGCUGGUCGGGCCCUGGCCACCCUCAGCAUCCGCCCCUUCACCCUGCAGCGGCUCAGUGCUGGCCUGUCCCUGCAGCUCCUCACCUCGGCCAGUCUCCUGCUGUUCGCACUGCACUUCCUGGCAGCGGAGGCCCGUGCCUGGCGGCGAGAGGGGCGUGGACAUGUGGCGAAGCCGGGGACCUGGGUACGGGGGCUGCUGGUUCUUCUGGCAGCAGCUGCUGCCCUCGUGCGCCUGGCCCAGCUGGCCGUUGCUGACCACCAGUGGGCGCGCUUUAUCGACAGCCGCCCGCACCACUUCACCAGCUUUGAGCAGGUGGCGCAGCUGAGCAUCGUGGCCCGCGGCCUGGCUGCCUCACUGCUCUUCCUGCUGCUGGUCAAGGCCGCCCAGCAGCUGCGCUUUAUGCGCCAGUGGUCCGUGUUUGGCAAAACACUGUGCCAGGCCCUGCCAGAGCUUGCUGGUGCCACCCUGGCUUUGCUGAUACUCGCUGUGGCCUAUACCCAGCUAGCCGUUCUGCUGGUCUCGGCUGGCGUAGACUCACUACGUGGCACUGCCGAUCGCCUCCUGGAGCUGUGCCCUGGUGCGGAGGCCAUCCCAUGCCCGGGUGCAUCCUGGCGCCUGUCCCUGCUACUGUGUGGGGGGCUCUGGGUACUGCGGCUGUGGGGCACCCUGCGACUGGGCGCCAUCCUUCUGCGAUGGCACUUCCACUCACUGCGUGGUGAGUUGUACCGACCAGCCUGGGAACCGCAGGACUAUGAGAUGGUAGAGCUGUUUCUGCGUCGGCUGCGGCUCUGGAUGGGCUUCAGCAAGGUCAAGGAGUUCCGCCACAAGGUCCGCUUCGAAGGCAUGGAGCCGCUGCCGUCCCGCUCCUCCCAGGGCUCCAAGUCCCCUGCCCCACCUCCACCUAGCGCUGGCUCGGAUACCUCGAGACCCUCCACUACGUCCAGCCAGCUGGAGGCAGGCCCGGGCCGGCCAGGGCUGCAGGGAGAGCCUGAGCCCUCACGCCUGCACGCUGUCUUCGAGGCCCUACUCGCCCAGUUUGACCGACUCAACCAGGCCACUGAGGACGUAUACCAGCUGGAGAGGCAGCUCCAGGGCCUGCAUGGCUGCAGGGCCAGCAGGCCCUCCGCUUCGCCUCCCCAUGGCCUGCAGCCAGCUCUGCCCAGCUGCCUGACACAGGGCAGCACGGCAACUCUGCAGGCCAAGACCACAGGGAGGCCCAGUAGUACUUAG